AUGUGGCUUUGCGGCGUGCAGAUGGUGGCCAUGAACUACCAGACAUCGGACACCGGCCUCCUGCUAAACGAAGGCCUCUUUCGAAACUACAACGGCGGAUGCGGUUAUGUGUUGAAGCCGCCUCUACCCACAGACGGCGUAAAGCCGACAUCACGGAGGCUGCGUCUUUGCAUCUGCUGCGGGCAUCGUCUGCCAAGGCCAGACCUGUCUCUGGGUGAGACCCGCGGUGUGAGCUCGCCGAUGGUCACAGUGUCUCUGGAGCCCGGCCAGCAGGUGUCGCACACCCGCGCUGUAAAGCAAGACGGUUACCACCCCGUCUUCGAUCACGAGGCAGAACUGCGGGUGUCGGAUAGCCCACUGCACAUCCUCACUUUCGAAGUCUUCGACACCCCCACAGGCAGAACCAUGGCCAGGAGCGCUGUGACUCUCGAUGCUGUUCGUCCAGGCUUUCGCUGGCUGGCCCUUCACAGCCCACAGGGUGAGACCAUCGUAGCAUUAGCACCAAUUUUCCCGGCCACCAAGCAGCGCUGCAAGCCAGGAAGCUCCAUCACUUCCGUUGCCUUUGUGCGGACGGGAGCCCUGCAGGCUUGGAACCAGAUGCUCAAGGUGGCGCCGAGGUCCGUCCUGAGCGGCCUCUGGCGAGAGGUGCUACGGCUCGUCCUUCAGGGGCCAUGCGGCAACGGUGAUGCGGACUUUGGCUCGCUCUCCAAUCUGCGGAAGCUUCGUGUGGCGGUCGCCUGCCGCGCAGGGCUUGUGGCUCUGCCGCCACGGUUGGCGCCUUGGCGAUACGAACGAGGCGCACGCUCCCUGUUGGUCAACUUCGCAGAGGCUACUGGCAGCAGUGCGCCAAUUGCCUCUGCAGGCCUCAACGUUGGCUCCGUGAGCCAAGAGGAUGAUGAAGAGGAGGAUGCACCAGAGGAGGUCGAGGAGGUGGUCGAGCUUCUUCUCUCCGCCCUUCGCGAUGCCGAGACGGUCGUGCGCUGGGCCGCGGCCAAAGGUGUCGGCCGGAUCACGAAUCGCCUGUCGCGAGACUUCGGGGACCAGGUGCUGGAGUCGUUGUUGGACCGUUGUUUUUCCUUCCGUGAGACAGACAAGGCCUGGCACGGUGGCUGCUUGGCCUUGGCCGAGCUCACGCGGCGAGGGCUACUCUUGCCCGAGCGGUUGGCCACGGUGAUCCCUUUGAUUUGCCAGGCGCUCCACUUUGAGCAGGUGUCUGGCAACCAUGCGGUUGGUCAGCACGUGCGAGAUGCUGCGUGUUAUGUGUGUUGGGCCUUCGCUCGUGCCUACGCGCCCGAUGUGCUGCAACCAUACGUGGAAGACCUGGCCAAAGCGCUGAUCCAGGUAGCGGUUUACGACCGCGAAAUCAAUUGCCGGCGCGCUGCAGCUGCUGCCGUGCAGGAAAAUGUCGGCCGACAAGGCACAUUUCCAGACGGCAUUGAGGUUGUCACCAUUGCCGACUACUGGACCUUGUCUGGCCGGCGGCAUGCGUAUCUCGAGGUCGCGCCAAAGAUCGCCGGCCUCGGGAACGGCGGAUAUAGGAAAGCCCUGAUCGAGCACCUGGUGAGCCGAAAGCUGGUACACCAGGACCUGCAGAUCCGGAUGCUGGGGGCCCAGGGCCUGGCGCGCUUGGCCUGCAGUGAGCCUGAAAUCCUGGGCUUCCUGAACACGGUUGUGAUCCCCAGCCUUGUGGAGCGCUCCACAGCAGAGCAGAGGUGCUCUGCUUGCGGUAUCUUGCGGUGGCGCCUGCCCCGAUUUGUAAACAUGACGUGGCCGCCCAAUGACGCGGAGCCACAGGAGGAGUCGACGGCAAUUCGGCGACAGAAUCUCCAUCACGGCUGCCCCUCACCAAAGCGGCCACGCACUGCCCCGCCGUCGAGGAGUCCGACACCCGAACGGCGACAGCAGGGCUAUCUGGUCUCGGACGUGGUGGAGCUGCGGGAGACGACUUCUUGCUUGCAGAGCGACACGCUCGCCGACGCCUGCAAGAAGCUCUGCCAAUCCGGGCGCACUGCAGUGGUGGUGCUCACCAGCUCGAGCGGUGAGGUCCAUGGAGUGCUCACAGAAAACGACAUCCUCCAAGCGAUUGUCGAAGGUGUUGAGUGGGAGCAACCUCUCGAAAGAUGGCUAAAAGACGGGCCAGCCCGGCUUCCCGGGUUCUUGGUACCUCCCAUGACGCUGCAAGCAGAGACUCCUCUCGUGGAGGCCGCCAAGCUGAUGUCGGAGCAGACCGGCAGCAAGUUUUCCUGCCACCAUUUGCUGGUCCAGGUCCCAAGUGGCCAGUUGGAUGCCUCUGGACGGCCUUUGAAAGCCCGCCUCCUUUCCGCUCUUGACAUUGCCAACGGCAUGCUCGAGGCUUCGAAAUCAUCGGUGGCAGCAGAGAAAGCUCUGGCCCUUUCCGUCAAGCACAUCAUGAAGCCGCGGACAUCUGUACCUACAUGCACUUCUAGCCAGAAUUUGUCGGAGGCGUUUCGCCUCCUGUCUGGAUCGCAGCAGAACUGUGUCCUGGUGAACGAGAAGGAUGCGGACGAUGAGGCUGGCCAGGAAGAGCAGCCAGACGAAGACUCCACAAAGGGUGUAGUUACACCUGUGGAUGCAUUGCUGGCUUUCUCGGAGAAGAUCUCUGGAGAGAGUCGGAUGCUUCGAGACUGGGUUCGUGGGGUCAAUGGCAUGCCGGCAACCUCGGAACGCUUUGUUGAAGAAUCCACGUCCUUGGCAUCUGCAGCCUCGACGAUGGCCUUCUCGGGACAGCACCACCUACUUGUGGUGCAGGCGCAAAGCUCUCGCGUCCUUGGCGUUGUGUCCGCGCUGGACAUCGUGCGUGCUCUGAGUCGCUUGUUUCACGUGAGUGCAGCGGCUGCACCUGGUGCGGGUCCAACCGCCGGCACAGUUCAGGCGCGGCACGGCGCCGUUGAAGCCGUGGCUUCGCUGGUCGAGGUCCUGCAGGAUCAAAUCACGGCCGAGAACCAGACAGCCAUACGCAACUUAGUUCCCGCCCUGGAGAAGGCGCGUGCCUACCGGGGCCGCGGAGGUGAGGUCGUCCGCCAGGCCGCUUGUCGAUUGCUGCAGAAGAUUGCGGCAACACCUUGGCCUUUCAAAGAUGCCACAGCGGUACGAUAUCUUCAAACCGUGGACGAGUGCGCACGCCACACGACCGAGGCUAUUCGGGUCGUGGCCGCAGAAGCUUUGGGCGUCCUGGCAGCGGCGAGGUUCAAACCAGAACUUUGCACCAAAUGCGUGCAGACGUAUCUCGGAGGUCUGCAAAAAGCGGACGAGACCAUCGCUGCCAGGCGCGGCUUCACGCUGUGUCUUGGUGCAAUGCCGAUGUCAGCGUUGGCUGAGAGGAGAGCCGACGUCCUGGCAGCACUGUGCAAGGAGGUGCGGGGAAGAGCGCUUCCUGGUGGAAAGGAUCAAGAGGACCCGACGACGCGUCAGUAUGCUGUGCUCUCUUUGGGUUGCCUGUGCAUUGGCGCGGCGCUGUCUUCGGAGGAGAUGUCGCUGCUACUGUCUGCACUGGAGGCGGCCAUGGGCGACUACGCCACGGACCGCAGGGGGGACGUUGGCUCCUGGGUCCGGGAGGUGGCCAUGGAGGUGAUCGUGGCCAUCCUCGAGGCACAGCGAACGCAGGAUGCGCAUCCUGCACUGCCUGAUGCAGCAUGCACCACAAAGCUGGUGUCUCUGCUCUUACAGCAGGCUGUGGAAAAGAUCGACCGCUUGCGGGAUCGAGCCUACGGGCUCCUGUGCUCUUUGCUCUGCGGCUGUCAUCUUGGCCUGGCUUACGCGAAGCGCCGGGUGCUUCAUGGGGAGGCCUACGAUGCGCUUGGUCUGGUAUCGGCGGUAGAGGACAAAGGCUCUGGUCCAGCUCGACACGCUUGGCCGCCCGCAGAGGUGGAGCUCCUGUCAAGCUGCUUGAAGCCUUCGGAGACUGUGAAGUCCGAGAUCGCAGGAGCGGGCAAGCCGGAGGCAGAACGAACCGCUGUUUUCGACGCACUGACGCCUUUGCUCUCAGCCGAGGAGUAUCGGUCCUCGCUCCUCCUCGGCUUGGUCGUGUCGGUUGGUGGAAUCACGGAGCACACAGCCAAGGAAGCCAAGCGAGCUCUCUUGCGUCAUUUGGCUUCAGACACUGCGCAGAAGCAGGUCUGCCAGGAGCUGCUUCGCAUCUUCGACACGGCAGGCUUCAAGGACGCGGCCGCAGAGGCGAAACGGCUGCUUGCGCCUCUCUUGAACACAACUGGCAUCCUGCUCUCGCAGGAUUGCAUUCCUCCCGACUUCGCUCGUGACAUCUUCGACCGGACUGCUAGGGCAGUUCGGAAUUCACGCGACAUCGGCCGCCUGCGAGCCUCUGUAGCUGUCUUCAUCGGCUUGAUGAAGUGGCCCGGAAGUCUGCGACGUGAGGCGCUGGCCUUGCUGCUGCAGUUCCUGGGCUUCAGCUUCCCCACCGUGCGACAGGCUACCGCCCAAGCUCUGUACAUCAGGCUGCUAGAGGAGGAAGGAGACCUGGACCUGUCUGCGGAUGUGUUGCAGGCCGGCUAUGCCCCACCGAAGCCAGAGGACAAGGAUGUUCAGAGUGCCAUUGUCAAAGCAGAGGCUGUGUCUGAGGCACUGGAGCUUGUCUCCACGACGCCUUGGGCCACGGACGAUGAGGCAAUGCUUGGGGCCGCGCUGACAGAGGUGUACAGGAAGCUGCAGAUGGAGCUUCCAAGCAGCGGCCGGUCGAUCCUCGUGCCAAAGAAGCCACAAGAGGAGCGACCGCGGGAGGCUCAGUAUGCUGACUUGGUGCGGGAGAACCAUUACUGA